UGGCAGUGCGCUGGGUGGGCGUGUUAGUGCGCAUGCGCGACUGGUUUCGGUGUGGUUCUGCUGCCCGCCGCCCUUCCGAUUCCGGAUCAAGAGCCGGGACCCGUAGAGAGCCAGCAUCAGCUGUGACACAGGGGCAAUCCCAGCUGUAUGGACUCUAAGCCACCAUCAUGGGGCAUAUGCUAUCCAGGGUGUUUGGGAACAAAGAGAUGCGAAUAUUGAUGUUGGGCCUAGAUGCGGCCGGGAAGACGACCAUCCUGUACAAGCUAAAGCUGGGACAGUCCGUCACAACCAUUCCCACGGUCGGCUUCAACGUGGAGACGGUGACCUAUAAGAAUGUCAAGUUCAACGUAUGGGACGUUGGCGGCCAGGACAAGAUCCGUCCCCUGUGGCGGCACUAUUACACAGGCACACAGGGCCUCAUCUUUGUGGUGGACUGUGCCGACCGAGAUCGCAUCGAUGAGGCGAGGCAAGAACUCCACCGCAUCAUUAACGACCGGGAAAUGAGGGAUGCCAUCAUUCUGAUUUUCGCCAAUAAACAGGACCUGGUGGAUGCCAUGAAGCCUCAUGAAAUCCAGGAAAAGCUGGGACUAACCCGCAUAAGGGACAGGAACUGGUACGUCCAGCCAUCUUGUGCCAACACUGGAGAGGGACUGUACGAGGGCCUCAUGUGGCUAACAUCAAACUACAAAUCCUAAAAUUCCUCUUUUUAUGGUGAUUUAUUUUUUUAAUAUAUACGAUUUUUUUGGUUUUCUCCUCUCUUUUUGAUUUUAUCGGUUUAGCAGAGGAGCUUCGAAGGAGCGAUCCUCCUCGACCAAACGUGUCUGACCCGUUUUGUUACGUAAUGGAAGUUGAAAGGGAGUUGCGGGGCUGCGAGGGACAUUGCUCGUUCGCCGACAGCCCCCUGCGAUAUUUGCCUUAAUAAGUAGUGUGCAGCGAUUAACACGGAGGAGCGUGCGCUCUUCCUUUCAGACCUCAGCAACCAAGGCUUUGUCUGUCUCCCUAAUAUUAGCAACAAAAAAAGGGCUGAUUACCUCUUGCUCAGCAGCGUAAAUCACACGGCAGCCCGCUAUUUAGAUAUCAUUUCCGACCAAAAUGGAAUAAAUGGCAAUUGGCAACGCCUGGGCAGGAUGAAUGUUUCAGUGUUACGGUCGCCUCCGAACAUGUCGUUUCUCAUACUGGUGCCUGUACUGUCAAGCGCUUGGUCAACUCUUAAAGGGGCUGUCCUACAUGUCUUAUCAUGGCACAGGGAGGUUCUCCAGCUCAGAACAUCCCUCCAUUCCGCCCACGGUCAAUGACCUUCCUUUCCACAUACGUUUUCCAGUUGAUCUGACCAUCGUUCCAUUUCCUAGCCCAAGACAUUCCCUCUACUCGUACCUUUACGUUGUUUUUUUUUUUUAGGUUUCUCCACUUGACCAGUGCGUAGAUAGAUUUAAACUCGAGUUCCCGUCUCUAAAAUAUAAACCCGCCUGUUGUGUUGGUAGGUUGGAACAUGACACGUUAAGUGGCUGAGACUUGCGGUGGCCUUUACCCCAUCGACAACACCACUCCCUCCUUAGGGACAUUUGCACACUAAGCCUUUAUAUUUGGAAGCUCUGCAUUAGGAGCUUCUCGUCACUUUCGGCACUGGCCGCCCAUCGUUGACAGGCAUGAGACAGAAUAAUGGAAUCUGACACGGCUGCACUUGACUGUAUGGACCAGGACCUGUGUCCUUUCAUGGUGUUAAUAGUUUUUUGCCAUGUCUUCAGUGUAUGGUUAUAAUGCAGUGUUGAUUACGAGGCCAACAUACGUUGUUUUUUUUGUUUGUUUUUUCCAUUAUUUUGUCUGGCUCAGUCUUCCAGCCCGCAACCGGGCAAUAGCGUCUGACAUUAGCCCUGACACCGGGUUAAAUCUUUCCUGCUGAGCUAUGCAGCCUCCCUCUUUUAUUUCUGCCCUCCUGUCCAGCGCACUAAUGCCUCUCCUGCUCCAAAAACUGUUUUACUUUCGAUAGGACUUUGUUCCAUGUUAUACUGCUUCAACUGAUCAAUAAAAGCUCAAUAAC